UUUCUUUUAUUUCAGUUAACUAAUGUAUUCUGUAGGAUGCCUAGCUUUCAUGCUGUUUUCGUACUAGUUAUGGGAAUUAACCGAACACAUUGAGUUUUUGGAGUUCUUGAUACUACGGUAUGUUUUUGAGUUGCCCUCCGCGUGUUGUUUGAGCACAGCUGGAGCACGAGCGCUAUUCGUGGUGCUGAAAGCUUCCAGAGCUGCGAGGUGAGCAGAGGUUUCCCAGCCUCUGGAGAGAGAUGAGGAAAAGGAAGCUCUCUGUGGCGGGCUUUUUACUCGCCUGGAAACUAGUACUGUUACUCAGUGCGGGUCAGUGUAAGGAAGUGAACAAUGCUGCAAGGACACGGCAGGUCCCAAUGUCUCCCUCUGAUUUUCUGGACAAACUGAUGGGCAGGACAUCUGGAUAUGAUGCCAGGAUAAGACCAAACUUUAAAGGUCCUCCAGUCAACGUUUCCUGUAACAUUUUCAUCAACAGUUUUGGCUCCAUUGCUGAAACCACCAUGGACUACCGUGUAAAUAUCUUCCUCCGUCAGAAGUGGAAUGACCCCAGGCUUGCCUAUGCUGAAUACCCAGAUGACUCUCUGGACUUGGACCCCUCUAUGUUAGACUCCAUAUGGAAACCAGAUCUGUUCUUUGCCAAUGAGAAGGGCGCCCACUUUCACGAAGUCACUACCGAUAACAAACUGCUCAGGAUAUUUAAGAAUGGGAAUGUGUUGUACUCUAUAAGACUAACAUUAACUCUGUCAUGCCCCAUGGAUCUAAAAAACUUCCCUAUGGAUGUUCAGACCUGUAUCAUGCAGCUGGAGAGCUUUGGUUACACCAUGAACGACCUGAUCUUUGAGUGGCAGGAGAAUGGACCAGUCCAAGUGGCUGAAGGCCUUACGCUCCCACAGUUCCUCCUCAAAGAUGAAUCAGACCUCAGAUACUGCACCAAGCACUACAACACAGGUAAAUUUACUUGUAUUGAAGUGAGGUUCCACCUGGAGCGUCAGAUGGGCUACUACCUGAUCCAGAUGUACAUCCCCUCUCUGCUCAUUGUCAUUCUAUCCUGGGUCUCCUUCUGGAUCAACAUGGAUGCUGCUCCAGCCAGAGUGGCACUGGGCAUCACCACUGUCCUCACAAUGACAACACAGAGUUCAGGCUCCAGGACUUCACUGCCUAAGGUCUCUUAUGUCAAGGCCAUCGACAUCUGGAUGGCAGUGUGUCUUCUCUUUGUCUUCUCUGCACUGUUGGAAUACGCUGCUGUCAACUUUGUGUCGAGGCAACAUAAAGAGCUGCUGCGAUUCAGACGGCAUCCCAAGACAAACAAGAGCAAGAACAGUGGGGGUGCAGUUGAUCCAGAGGAGCUAGCUGAUUCCCUUCGUCGUGUUAAUGUUGACAACGGCCUCAAACCACCAGACCCUCCUUAUGGAUCUAUGAGCAACAUCUACACCAGCAACCACAGGGAAGGGGAAGUACAUGAGAACAGACUGACCUCCACAGCUGCAGUGACCUCCACUCUAAGCAACAGCAAGAGCUUGAAGGCCAGCACCAACAAUACUGUGACUGUACAAAACACCCCAGGAGCCACAGCAAACACUACCCAGAAUCCACCUGGAGCAGCAGCAUGUGGAGGCGGUAGAAGCACUGAAGAAAUGAGGAAGUUAUUUAUUGACAGAGCCAAAAAGAUUGACACUGUAUCGAGGGCCGGCUUCCCUCUGGCCUUUCUCUUCUUCAAUAUAUUCUACUGGGUUCUUUAUAAGAUUCUUCGACAUGAAGAUGUACAUAAGCGAUAGGGAAAGAAAGAGCAUAGAUUAUUCAUUUACAGUAUUUACACGCACACACACACAUCCUUGUACCGCUAUUCACAUGAGGACACUUCGUUAACUACCUUUUUUUCCCUGUUCCUCAAACCUGACCUUGACAACCAUUCAGGAUGAUCUCACAAAUAAUCAAACACAAACGGAUCAAUAAUUAGUAUAUCAAAAGUAUAAACUCUGCACUGGCAGAAUGAUUGGAUUAGUUUUUACUUUUGAAGUAUUUUUCAGUUUUUACUAUGUAUAUUUACAGAAAUCGUAACAGCAUAUCAGUCAGUUUGUGUGACAGACAGGCCAGAAUAAACCAGUACACCAAGGUGUGUACAUGUCUGGUGCCCUGUGGCAGCCUCUCAUAAGCACACUAAUGUACAACUCUGAACAAACUACUGCGGAUUCCCAAAUUAAAAUGCAGCUAAGCUUUGGCUCCAGGUGGUAAAGUGGAGCUGAGAUCUGACUGCCUCUGGUCUAAGUAAAACCUUGGUCUUGGUGUAACACAGCAAAAGUCUGAGAAUAAAUCAACACUAUGUUUUCUCUUGAGUUUAGUGAGCUCAUAUACACUCUCCAAGUGUAUGAAAGCAUGGCACACAAUGUAACUUUAAAUUGGACAGUUAAGUUGACAGUUACUGACAUUCUCAUUUAAGGGCAGUUUUCACAAGAAUUGUCAUUUCUUUUCUUGUCUGUUCUGUGUGUUGGAUAUCAUGUGUUUGUUGGUUGACACACUUGCAGCUACUCACACAGUGGUGUGUAAUUACAGAGGUGGGAAGUGUAAUCAAACCAGAACUGUGCACUAAGGCUUACACAACCCACAUAUUCAAACAGGUUACCACUAGAAUCAUGAGCCUAUGAUCAAAAACACUUGCAAACUGUUUUUUUCAACUCAUGGUUAGUCAGCUGGAACUGUUCCACAAAUAAACAUGGUGUUGGUAGUAGAUAAAAGGUCAUGAGGUCAUUGAAAUGAAAAUGGUUUAUCAUUUCAUAUCAGCUCAGAGUAUAAAUGUGAUCAGCAUAUUACAUGGAAUUUAGGGUAUUUUAAGUUACGAAAGUUACACUUGUCCAAAAUGGAAAGGGUCCAAACUCCGGAGAGCAUGAAUGUUAAUAUUUAGGUAAUAUAUUGUCAGGAGCUAAGAUACAUUGCUCUGACCAAAGUGAUGAACAGUGAACAAAUCACAAGAAAGUCAGUGUUUUUAUUCAAAACUCACAGUAUCCCUUUGAGCGCACCAGAAAGUGGUUGUACUGAAAACUCCUCCUAAAUCCAUAUUAGUUUGUGUAAAGACAUUCACCCUAACCUGGGACACUGUGACAGACCAGAAAAAGGACUUUAUUAACACUGUGAUCCAUUAACAGACAGUGAACAAAAGCUCCAGAUAUGGGAAGACAAAAAUCAACAAUGAUAAAAGACUGCUCAAGAGCAUGGGGGACUGCUUAGCGUUAUCAAUACUGUUGUCAGAGACUAUGUACUGUAACAGAUUGGAUAUUGGAAAUGUCUCCUCGAAGAAAUGUGGAACCACAAGAGCAUACACACAUGAACUACACACUGUUGUGCCCACUUGUGUCCUACAGCUCAGCUGCCAGUGUUGUGUGUUUGUCCUCUACGCUUUCAGCUCCACCUCAAACUUUUCAUCACAUCCACACACACAGCUGUUGGCACCAAACCACACACUAGACAUGACUGUUUUCAUUUGGCUAUCAAACAGUAAAAGUAUCACUUACUCCCUGUUUUCACUAUGACUAAUGCUACAACUUCCCCCUGUACAGUAUCCAGUCACAUGGGUUUCUUCUGACUCAAGCAUUUAGGCAACUCGGAACCAUAGGCAGAAAACUUCUGUUGUUUGUGUGGACAGUUAUUCUACCCCAUGAAAGAUAAAUGGAGAAGUAAAGAUAAUUGUUUUUGUGUGUCUGAGCAGCACAAUCUCAGUUACUCGGUUACUAUUUUGCAUUAAAUACGUAAAUUUCCCCGUUGUGGGACUAAUAAAGGAUUUCAAUUUACCCAAUGCAGGAUAGAACAUUUGAAGGGGAAUGAAAAAGCUCUAUGUCAGUGCUUGUGCACAUACAUUUAGUUAUCUGGAGUGCCUACCAACCAACACACUGUGAAAUAAGACAACCCAGUCAGUUUUUUGUAUAACAUGGAAUUCAACAAGCCACUCAGAUUUGGCAGAAUAUACCACUCAGGUGGGGGCGGCAUCCGAGUAUCGCCACCCACAGCUUGAUAACUACCGUUGCAAUUUUUUCACGCAAGCGAAUCAAAGCCACUGGGCUUUUUUGGAGGGGGGCUUAAAAUGACAGGCGACAAAGGGUGGAUAAAGGUAUAUUCAGGCAGACAGUAUCAGAAUUUUUUUUAAUUACAUCAAAGUAUGUAAACAUGUUGUAGUUGAAACCAACAAUACAAGUAUGAACCUGAAAAUAUGCUUAUCUGCGUAGAAAGUAGUGGAAUGGGGAGUGCUGUGAAAUAUGAGGACAUGUGGUGUGUGAUGGAUGUAAAGUGUCUUGUGUCCUAUAAAAGCCAAUAUUAGUCUGCAAUUGGUGGGUUUGAAAAUAACUUGGUAUACUGUAUUUUGCAGUUGUACAAUCAGAUCAUUCUGUUGCCAAACUAUUGUUGGUUUAUGAAAUGUUGACCCCAGAGUAUACACAAUUUCAUUGGAAUUUCAUUGUGUUUUCUAGGAAACAGCUUGGCUCUAACUUUAAUUCCUGUUAACUGUUAACCUCAGCCGAUCCCGCAACAUGCAACUGUUUGUGUUUGAAAUGGUGGAGGGGUGUGCAAAGGUCUCUGUGCUGUAGUGUCUUUCUACUGGGAAAGCCAUGUGUGCUUUACAUCUAUGCCACACAAAGGGAGUGCUACAGUGAGUUUGCAGGUUUAGCCCUACAAAUUACAUUUACUUUAGUGCCAAAGUUACUCAAAGCAUACUGUAGUAUUUCAGUUUUUCAGUUCAAAAUGUUCUUCAGUGUGACAUGCAGAGUUGUGAAACUUGAGAUAUGCCAUAUGUCAUAGUGAUCAUAGUGAUAUGAUGGCAACGUUCAGGCAUCUACAAGUACAUCUACAUACCUUAGGGAAAUCAAUGGAUCAUUGUUACUGCCUACAGAAAUGAAAAUCACAUUCAAAAGUCUAAAAUACUACGGUAAAGUAUACAAAUCGGGUGGGCUAAAAUAUGCAACAUAGUCUUGUAUGAACAUUUUAAAUUCCUGCUGUGUGAGCUACUCAUAAAUAGUGAGUGGCUCUGAACCAGGAUCUGCAUGACAUACUGAACAUGACAUCAUGGCUGCUCAGGAGCCUCACAGAACUUACCUCAUGUGGAACAGGGGCUUAUAAACCAGGAUCUCCAGUGUUGCUUCAGUGUUUCCAUUCAGUUCUCAUGGAGCCAGAACUCAACCGUUGGUGCAUGACCUCACACAAACACAUGUUUGGCAAGAACUAGACUUUAAAGGACCAUUCUAGUGUUUUUGUUAUCAUUUUUCUGUCAUGAUGCUAUAUUAACAUUACAACAAUAAAAGCAGACAAUGCUCACAGUUUACAGAGAGUACAGUAAACACAAUUUAAAAAACAAUGCAACAGAAUAUUUGCUACAGCAUGCUUUCAGAAAUGGAAAUGUACAUUUCUCCUGAAAAACAUGCAACGUGUGUGGUCCUGUAAGAGUUAAAUGAUUGACGGGUUUGCUUUUUCAUUCCAAGACUGCUGUUCUGCAGACUUUGUUUCCUGGAAGGAUGUUCAGUUGGCGUGUUAACAUGAAGCCUUCCCAUGCAGUCGCUGUGCAAUAUUUACACCAGUGUUUCCCCUAGAAAUAUUUCAUGGCCUAAUGAAAACAACUUCUUGCUGUUUCCCUUUGUCAAUACAUUUCUGUUGUCAAGUUCCUACCAAGGACUUAAGUUUGUUGAAAAUAUAAAAUAAUUUGCAUCUAUGUUUCAAAUGUAAUACUCACUGAUUUUGCCAGACAGUAAUUAGUAACAGCCAUUCAUUUAGUUUGAACUACUAGCAGUCAAACUUCCGAUCUGCCUGGAGCUUUCUUUUCAUUAUCCUUUAAUAUUUUGUAGCUAUGUGUGCAUACUUAAUCACGCAGAUUGUGUAUGUAGGCUACUGUUCUUCAUAUUCAGAACCAACCUAAAAUUAGUAUGUAAUAUGGAAUUAAGACACAGCUUGUGCAAAAGCAGCAGUGACCAUCAUUGCUUAAAGCCAUGCUCCUUUUGUGAUUUGAAGUGUGGAAUUCAUUACCAUACAACAGUAAUGUAAGCAUCGCAAACAGAUUUCAAGCUGAUUCUCAUUGUGUCAAAUGAAUGCAAAUCAGCUGCUGCCUGGAAGGAGAACAUAUUCAAAAUAUAUGUGGAAAAUGGUUGACAGUUAUUUAAGGUCUGUAAUAAUAAUGAAAAAAAGUGUGGUCCUUAAUAUUGCUCAAGUGAAGAAAUAGUUUUGUAUUAUAGUCUGUAACCCUGUAACUCUGACACACCUGUGUUUACUCACAGGUGUUUUCACUCUCCUCAGGACUGUGUCACGCUCUCUUGUUGCACCAGAGUAGUAGUUUUUACCUCAUGUAAUUCCCAGCACAACGCCUCAUGAACCUGUAAAGAGGUCUAAUCAACCAGAAGAAUUGAAAACACCUGUGCAGCUGUGUUUUGCUUUUCUACUCGGGUCUCUGUAAUGCUGCGGGGAGUCUGCUCACAUUUCUGUAGGACAUAACUAUAUGUACAUUUAUACUGGAGGGCAAAAACUAAAAGAGAGGUUUUAAAAUAUUUCAAGAUUUUAAUUAAUAUUGGUAUGCAUCAGUCAUGGAACUGUGUGGACUGACAUUGUGAGUUUGAUGUAUUGUUUUUGCUGCUGUUGGGAAGAGGGUGAUUUUUAAACACUUUUAUAUGUAAUAUGCUUUCCUUUUCUGUUUUCACAAAGGAAGUGAAUUCUCGUGAUUAUGUGCUGAUUGGCUCAUAACCCAGUGCUACAGCAUGUCUGGAGCCAUGGGUUCCCUCACCAGAUGUCCAUUGCAGUUUUCCCAACAGGGUUUACUGUAUGAAGAAAAUGUAUAUAAAAACCCAAAAACAUUUCACAAUCUGAGCAAUGAAUUUGAAACUGUUAUGUUUGAGUUGUGUUUGUACUUGUAUUGUGGUAAAAGUGUGGAUUUGUGGAGAAUAUUUAGUUUAAGUGUGUGCUCAGCAAAGGUCUUAGUUCCCUACAGUGUAAAAACUCAAUGGAAAAUCUGCCAUGGGAACCCUGGACAAGCUGACUGCAGUCACGUCAAAGCUGGACUGUAUUCUGUACUUGGAGCAAUUUCUUAUCUCAGAGGUUGUAUUUCAUCAAACCGAUUUAUUUUUAACAAAAUAUCACAUUACUCACACCCUUGUUGUUGUAAGUUCUCUGUCGGAAUUAAACGUCACAUAUCUUUCAAAACACAACACAACAAAUAAGUAAUUAUAUACUGUAUGCAAACAACAUAUUCUGCGAUGACCCUGUUAGGUUUAAGGGUGGAAACACAGGCUAACCAAAAGUACAGAGUUGAGAGCACACACUAUUUUUUGUAAAAUAAGAUGUGCAUAUUUUACAUAGUUCUAAUUAAAUUCUAUUGUAUUGGAUUAAAAUAAACGUG